AUGCAACUACCAAGCUACAUACCACCUCUUACUCUCCUGUUCUCCAUCCUCCCUUCCCUCGUCUCCACCCAUGCCAUUCCCAAACCCUCCUCCAACCCCUCCAGCCUGCUCAUCAACACAACAACUGGUCCCAUCCAAGGCUUCAUCAACACCACCGCCCCCAACGUCCGCCAAUGGCUCGGCAUCCCAUACGCCUCCCCUCCAACCCUUGACCUCCGCUUCGCUGCCCCUCGUCCCGUCAAACCAUGGACCUCCACGCUCGACACUACAACCUUCGCGCCGUCAUGCAUGCAGCAGUUCAGCAGCGGCAAGACGGUAUACACCGAAGAAGUCCCACAGUUCCUGAUCAACGGAGGAGUCUCAGAGGAUUGUCUGUACAUUAACGUCUGGGCUCCUGGGACCCCGACCGAGGAGAGCUUACCGGUGAUUGUGUAUGUGCCUGGAGGCGGCUUUUCGAGCGGAGGAGCGAACUCGGUCUACAAGAUUCCGGAUCAGCUGAUUCAGAGGACGCAGAGCGUGGUCUUUGUUAUUAUGAAUUACCGCGUUAACGUGUUCGGGUUUCCCAAUGCGAAGGGAUUAGACGAUAUCAAUCUGGGGCUGUUGGACCAGCGGAUGGUUGUCGAGUGGACCAGAGACAACAUCGCGGCGUUCGGUGGCGAUCCCUCGCGCAUAACCCUCUGGGGCCAGUCCGCCGGCGGCGCCAGCACCUCCAUGUACAGCUACGCCUGGCGCUCAGAUCCCAUCGUCAGCGGCCUGAUCGCCGACUCUGGUGCCGCAGGCCUUUCCGUUGGCGAGAUCGACAAGGCACAGACGAACUUCACCUCCCUCGCUUCGGUCGUCGGAUGCAAAGGCUUAAGCGACGCGGCCACGCUGACCUGUAUGCGAAAUGUUCCGGCGGGGACGUUGGAGAAUGCGCUGUCGACGAGUGAAGGGCUGGACUUUGGGCCGACGCCCGAUGGGAUGGUAGUUUUUGGGAACUACACUAAGAGGGCUGCUGAGGGUUUGGUGGCGGAUGUGCCGAUGAUCAUGGGCAACAAUGCCAACGAGGGAGCCGGCUUCGUGCCUUUCACGCCGGACGGGCCCGGCGAUGAAGCGCUUGAUGAGGCUUCGUUGGGUAUCGAAUGCUCAGUCGCGACUGGUGUCUCGGAUCGUAUGCUCUCCAACUCCACCACAUAUCGGUACGAAUACUUUGGCAACUUCUCCAACGUCUCGCCAGUGAGUUGGAUGGGUGCCUAUCAUAGCUCCGAGCUCCCUUUGGUUUUCGGGACGCAUCCUUUGUACCGUGGCAAUUCUACAGCUUUCGAAUGGUCCGUUAGCGAAACCAUGCAAGGCCUGUGGCUCUCGUUUGCCGCCGACCCUUCCAAGCCGCCAAGCGUGCCGUCGUUCUCAUGGCCGGCGUAUGAAGCUGGAGAAGCCACUUUGGCUGAGUUUGCACGGCAUAAUACAACGGUGCAGGCUGGCAGUGGUACGCUUGAUGCCAGUCUUUGUUGA